UUCCUCAGAUUUGUCUCCUGAGCUGUGAGAGUGCUGCCAAAGCUUGUCUUUGGCUCUCUCUGAGAUAAUGGCUUCCUACACGGCUUACAGUGGCUACACCAAGCCACCUCAAUCUUACGCCGGGUCCUACUAUGAUGAGAAACAGGCCAAAGCCUAUGCAGAUUAUCAAGAUUCUGUGUACGAAGAGAAAAAGAGAAUAGAGAAAAAGGACCGUCAAGAUGCUAUCUGCUGCGAAGUUGUGGCCCUCGUCAUCGGCUUCAUUGGACUUAUCGGGGUGGCAGCCGUGACAGGCCUGCCAAUGUGGAAGGUAACAGCUUUCAUCGAGGAAAAUAUUAUUGUCAUGGAGACACGUUGGGAGGGUUUGUGGAUGAACUGCUACAGACAAGCCAACAUCAGGAUGCAGUGCAAGGUGUACGACUCCCUACUGUUUCUGCCCCCGGACCUCCAGGCUGCUAGGGGUCUGAUGUGCAGCUCUGUGGCUUUGUCCUGCUUUGCCCUUAUCGUUUCAGCAGUCGGAAUGAAGUGUACCAAAGUGGUGGACCAACGGGCCCGCACCAAGCAUAUUGUUCUUGUGACUGGAGGCUGUCUGUUCCUCUUGGCCUGUAUCACCACUAUCAUCCCCGUCUCCUGGACAGGCCAUGUCAUAAUAAGAGAUUUCUACAACCCUCUGCUGAUCGAUGCCCAGCGCAGGGAGCUGGGGGAGGCUCUUUACAUCGGCUGGGUGACCUCAGCUCUGCUCUUUACUGCCGGGGUGAUCCUGCUGUGCCGUCACGCUCCCCGCACCCAGGACCAAGACGAGAGGAUUGUAUACAACCCUGGGGAAAAUAUCUACCAACCUGGAUACACAUACCAGCCAUACACCUACCAGCCAGCAUACUCCUACCAGCCUGCCUACUCUGUACCCCCACCAGGAUCUGUGGCAUACACACCAAGUCAGUACUAGAGAGAAACAUCAAGCACAGAGACAAUGUCUGGAAUUUUUGUUUUGUUCAUAUUAACCUGCCGUAAUUUGUCAAACUCUAUAAGGAAAUCGGUCAUCUAAUACUGCCUAAGACUGUAACUGGAAAGGGCCUCAUUUUUCACCUUUAGAAAGGGGGCCAAGAGUAUUUCAUUUUGAACUGAUUGUGUUCUGCCCGUGUAAAUUGUGUAUGCUUUGUUUGUUAUAAUUUGUUUUACAGUAAAAUUGACGAGACAUACAGGUGUCCCAUUUAAAUCAUCUGUAAUAAAUACAAUGUUUAAAGAUAAUUUAACAGUCUUUAUAGCCUCUGCUGACAUGCUCUUAGAGAACAAGUAUGCACUAGGCCUUUUUCAAAUGAAAUACCUCCAGAGGAUUUGAGUUAACUGUUGAUGUUUUUGUUGUAAAUGUACAUAUGUUCUUGAUUCUGGCCUACAGUUGAGGUCAUUUGUGGUUUCUAAAUAAAAGGAUUACAUUGAUAAAAAAAAAAA